AGACUUCUUGUGGGCAGAGCAAACUAAAGGAAAGUGUACUUUCAGUUCCUGUUUCCAAGUGAGAUCCCCAUCAAUCCCAGCCCUGCUCUGUUGGUCAGGGCUGCUUACCCUUCCUACAUAAACAUAAACAUUGCUCUCAAAUGUAUUGUUAUGUUGAAGGGAACAGCUUGUUGACAUGGUGCAUUUCUAAAGUUUGGAAGCAGGGGUGUGAAAGAGAAAGAGAAAUGACAUUUAGCUGCUGCUCCGUGGUGCCGACGCUGUGAAGUGCUUUUCAUCCACCAGUUCUGGACAUACGCCAAGUGGUUUGCUACACUAGGAGCUGGAAGAAAACACAACAGAGGGGAAAAAAGGACAGCUGAUGAAUUUCCAGGACUGUACACACGGGGGCAAGACCGUGAGCCUAAAAAUACAUUUCUCAGGUGCAGAAGAAACUUGGCAAUGGACAGUAGUUACGGACCUUUAAAAAUCUACCCUGACUCAGCCCCUCUUAUCCAUGCAGAGUCAAAAGAAUGUUUUAUCUGUCGGGAAGGAGAUGAGAUGGGCCGUGACGCUCUGCUGCACUUCUGUGACUGCAAAAACUUGAUUGCUCACCAGAAAUGUCUUUUAACUUGGAUACAAAAGGGUUUCCACAAUGAAAAUGUUCCAAGAUGCAAAGUGUGUACGGCAGAGUAUGAACUUGAGAAGAAAUCACCAUGGAGGAUUCUAAUGUUACGAUGGCACAAAUGGAUUGUCUUUUGCACUAUUGUGAUGCUCAUGACUGGCAUUCCACUUCUGGUCUACCAAAUGAUCAUUGCUUUUAAGGAUCCUCCUCCCAGUCUUGUGUUCCAAAUAGCAGCCAUCACUUUUGGAGCCCUCACAGAGAUACUUCUCACAAAAUGCCUGAUAAACUACUGCAGCAGCAAUCUUGAGAAAGCCAGGAUGUCUUCAUUUUCCAUCAGAGCAAGAACUGUAUAGCAUUGAGAUCAGAGCAUCUGCGAUCAUGUGCCCGGCCAUUCGGAAUCUGGGAACAGCUGCGACGAAUGGAGCUGAGAAGGAGAAACAGGAGGCAGGCAAAGCCCAACCCCGAAGCCCUCUUUCUGAGAGGAGCGGAAUGAGGCCCGGACAGAGGAACCCCGAUCAGCCGGAGAAACUAAACAGAUUGACUCUCAGUGACUCAUUUAGCUUCGGGAUUGGACAGAUCUCUCCCCUGCUGGCAAUUUGGCUGAGCAUAAGUGGGCGAGAUACCAGGAUGAAUAGCUUAAAAUAAUUAACGGGGUUGGGGGGGGGGGGGGAGAAUUGAAAUCUGUAAAACUGCUAGCUGUCCAAUUCUUUCCCAUGGAAUGAAAGACACAAAACAAAUUACAUUUAGGUUAUUAAAUAUUAAGUCAUUGGAUUUAUCUCCAUUUGGCCCAAAGCAGGAAACUGGAAAACAUUCAACACUGAUAUUGUUGUGUUGAUGGGCUGUUUACUGUUGAGUGACUGACUGGAUUUUGGCAGGUCAAAGGGGUCUUUGACACAUGAAUGAAAAAGAGGUACUUGAAUUCUCCCCUGCAAAGGAGAGAAAGAGAGAGGGGGGAGGGAAUAAUUAAUUCAGCAAACAAUUUUGGCAUGAAUAUGAAUGUGUACAAAACCAAAAUCGCUUGAAGCCAAGAAGGUUUUUGCUCAAUGACUGGGACUUUCAACCUUGUAUUGACAUUUGGGGCCCAGCUUUGCUUCCAAUGAACAAGGUGGAAAUUCUGUCACUCUUUCCAGGAGAAACAGGCUGAGAUCCCGGAAGCAAAAUAGACAGUACUUUGUAUUUAGUGCGCAAAACCAGAAGCAACAGGCUCGUUUAGUAUCAGUAAAGGUCAGUUAAAAUUAUAGAGACAUCCUUUGGAGCAAAUCCUCUGCCUUGUAUUUGCAUAUUUAUGAACUAGAGAUUAUGACAGCCCAUUCCAUUUAUUAGAGCAGCGAUGCUAUAGUUAAUAGUCUGUCAGCAUUUCCAUUAUAAACCCCCUUUUUCAGGGUUUUAAUAUCCCGGCUGCUUGAAAUCACGUCAAGCUAGCAAGUCACUUUUGUUAGGCCAGGUGCAAUUAUUUUUUUCUGUUUGUUUUUGUUUAAUUUAAAAUUCAAAUAGAUUCAAAGUAGCUCAGUCUUUUCUGACUUGGAAGAUGAAGACAAAGCUGCAAGAUGACUGGAAGAUUCUUUCCUUCUAGAUCCUUCUAUAUUCUGUGGUGUGUCUUUACCAGAACUUUUGAAACAAUUACUUUUGCGGACUACAACGCCCCAGAAUCUGCCAGUCAGGUCAUACUUGCUGGGGGAAUUCUACUCAAUAAAGUAACUUUUGCAAUCUCUGACCUGGAAGGAACAGUAGAAUUAUAAAAUGAUAUACCAACUCUUUCUUAAAUUGCAUCAAAUUAGAACCGGUCAGGUUUUCCAUCACUCUUUACAGCUAACAGUCCUUGCGCUGUUUAGUUUGAUCCAUUUUUUAUAGGACAGUUAUUUCAAUAUAAUAUUAUUUGAAGUCUAUGGUGGACCAUCAGGGGUCCACAAACUAAGGCCAACAGGUUGGACACAGCCCUCCAAGGUCAUUUACCUGCCCUCUGCCCUAAACUUUAGACUAAGGUUGCCCUAAGCCUGAAAUGCCUUGAAGGCAUGCAACAACAGCAGUCCUAAUUAACUUGACUAUCUCAUUAGCCAGAAAUAAGCCCAAACUUUCAAUUGAAAUACUGAUACAUUUAUGUUGGUUAAAUUUUUCUCCUUUCAAAGUAUUAUAUUGUUCUUUCAUAGGUUUAUUUAACUACAAAUAAGAUGCAUGUAGUGUGCAUAGGCAUUCAUGGUUUUUUUUCUUCUUCAAACUAGACAAACCCCCCAACAGUCUGAGGGACCGUGAACCAGCCCUCUGUUUAAAAGGUUUGAGGACCCCUGGUCUACAUUAUCUAUAGCUCAAACCACUGAUCAAUAAAUCUGAAGAACUUGAAUUCAAACCCAUUGAUUUUAAUGACAGAAACAGUAUGAUCUUGUGAGCUUAGCAGGGUUUAUUACUAAGCAAACAGAUAAAGCAUUGGAGGUUAAUCCAACUGUGUUUGUUGGAUUUAUUGUUUUGAGGAUCAGUUUUUUUAAAAGGGGAAACUAUCCUGUUCUGAGAAAAUAACCCUUGGUUCCUAUUCUGAUGCCACAUUCACAGAAUUUUAGGGGAUUCCAGACCAGAAUUUCAAAGAUUGCUUUUUGGGCACUAUAACUCUCAGUGGGCAUGUUGGUUUGGGGUUUUUUCUACCAUUUCUUCCACCUUUAAUAAGGAAGAAAACUCUUAAGGAGAGAAAGCUAGACCAGGUGCCAAGGGCCUUCCACAUUCCGUUGUUGCUGUGUCCCUUCAAGUCAUUUCCGAUGCAUGAACCCCUAUCACAGGGCUUUCAUAGCAAGAAUUGUUCAGAAGGUUUUCCUUCUUCUAACACUAAAAUAGUAUGACAGUGGGUUUCCUUAGCCAAGCAAGGAUUUGAACCCUGGUCUCCAGAAUCAUAGUCCAAUGCUAUUUAUUUUUUAAAGAAUAGGAGCCCUGCCUGUGAAUUUUAACUUGGGAAUUAUCUACUGAUGAAUUUGUAGUUUGUGUUAUGGACACAGUCUUCACAAAAUGUCUUCCCAGUCAUAAUCUUGAUUUGGUGUUCUUAAAUACAGUAGAAGUCUUUUCUCCUUAUUUUCAAAGGGCCUGUAACUUUUGAUGGAUUGAGUAUAUUGCUUGUUGCAUACCUUCAAGAUAUUUUCAAUUUAUGGCAAGCCUAAGGCAAACCUAUUACAGAAUAUUGUUAGCAAGAUUUGUUCAGGGAAGUGGGGAGUGGCCUUCUCCUUCUCUGACAGACUUGCCCAAGGUCAUCCAGUGAAUUUCCAUGUCCAAGUGGGGAUUUGAACCUGGGUUUCCAAAGUCAUUGUCCAAAAUGCAAGCUUACAGCACAUUCGUUCAACUUCUCAGAAAUAUUUUCUGAACAUAAGACCUGCCAGCCAUAUUCAUGUCUUGCACACACGCACACACAUACACAUUUUCAAAGUGCAAUAAUAAGCAAAAUCUAAAGAUUUGACUCAGGAUUAUAUGUCUAACUCAUGGGUGGAAAUUGUUCAGCUCUCCAGAGGUUGUUGAACUUCAUUCCCAGCAGUACUGGACAUUAUAGCCAAUGUAAAGGAUACUACUGUUCAUCAACAUCUGGAGAGCCCAAUUGCUGAUCUAUCUCCAUCAUCCCCAUCCACUGUGUUCUUUUGGCAACCCAAUGUCUUGACACUGAGCAACUGGUUAUAAAUAUUUUCAUGUGGGUUCACCCAAAUGUUACAUCUGGAUGAUCAUCAUAAGGCACAAUGAUGCUAUACUUGAUGCUCUCUCCCUAUAGAGACGCUACAUAUUUCUUUCCCUUAAGUCCAAUUUUUCUUUUUAAUGUUGAUAUAUAGACACAUCUCAUGACAAAAAUGCCACUGAACUGGCAUCAUCUUACAUUUGAACAGGUUUGGAAUUCAAAGUUUUGUCUGAGACUUUUGAACCAACUUUUCUCCACUCAAUUCUUGGAAGCCGAAGUCUGCAAAUGACAUCUUUGAACAUUUGCAAAGAUCUAUGUUUACCAUGGGGAUAUAUAUUCAGUAUUCUUUUCCAGAUCAGUUUUAAUCAUCGUGGAGGAAGCAAGUGAGUUGUGUAUACAUAAAGCAGGAAGAAAGAUGAUGCCAGAAAUAUGUUCAAAUGUAUGUAAGGUGUGCAGUAAUGUUUUACUCAAAAUAUAUGAAACCUGAAGGCCAACUUGGCAGCAACGUUCUCUGCAUACACAAUUUGCUAUACAUUGUGUUUAUUUUGCAGGGAGGGUGGGGUGGUGGAAGAAUGAGCGUGCCAGACAAAAUGUUAAUGUGUGCCUGAAGACUAAUUAUUAUGUAAUUAACCACAAUAGGAUGUGUGCAAUUGAGUAAUAAUAGUCUGGGUGUGUCAGGCAGGUAAUGUCACUGCCAGCACUCAUUUAGGUAUGAAUUAAAAUUAUGCAAUGAUUUACACCCUGAGCAAUUGUUGGUGUUAUCAUCAACAGUUUAAAUACUAAUUACUUUAACAAAUAUUUCUUAAAUUGUCUGGGAUUUUUUGAUGAUACCUUCUUACCAAAGGAAGUAAAGUAGUUGCUGUCCUUGAAAUAUUCUCUCUCUGAUAACAAUAUGUCUUCUAGUGCUUCGUCAUUGAAACACACAGGCACAUGGACAGAUCUCUCCAGAAAGGGUGAAAACAUGGCCACACCUUUACUGUUAUUUUUCAAUAAAGGUCUCAGAAUAAA